AUGACGGUCGGACUGACUGCUAGAAAAAUCCAUGGACUGGAGCUUUGGGCGGAAGUGCUAGAGAACGCACUGCUCAUAUCUUAUGCAACUUCCGCUGCAAAACUUAUGCAAGUCGUGCUGUGUAAGCAGACCCUCGAUGCUCUGCAAGAAAUCCUCGGAGUCUCAAUACACAACGUACCAACCAACCUCCACAACAACCUCACCAACAAUGGCAGACUCAGCACCCUACCCCUCACAAACCCCCCCACCGACCUCUCAGCAAUCUCCCAAAUUGACUCUUCAAUCCUAUUCUCCACCUUCACAGCCGCCGACGCCUGGACUUUGGGUUGCCUGCUGCGCUCUCGCCUCUCUACUUUCGCAUCUCCAACCGUCAUCUCAAUCACCCUCGCAAACAACACUCCCCUCUUCUAUACCGCCGUAAAGAGUGGAGUCACCCCCGACAACAGUGCUUGGGUGGCUAGAAAGAGUGCUACCGUGCUCAGAUUUGGAGCCAGUACUUGGUACAUGCACAACAAGUUUGCUGGUGACGAAAAGGCUUUUGCCGAGAAGUACUGUUUGUUGGACAAGGCAAAGGAGUUUGCUAUCCAUGGUGGUGGCUUUCCUGUCAGGGUCAAGGGAGUGGAGGGUGUGGUGGCUGUUAUUGUAGUCAGUGGACUGAAGCAGCAGCAAGAUCACCAGAUCAUUGUCCAGACGUGCAGGGACUUUUUGGAUGGUGUCGGCGAGGGUGACGAGAAGAGAAAGGAGGAUUAG